AUGUCGGACAAGAAGAACGAGGAUUAUGUCGUGCGGAUGCCAGAGGGCUCCCAUGAGCAGAAGGAUAAGAGCUCUUUCAAUGCCCGCUCGCCAUCAUCGAGUUCGUAUGCCGGGAACUCGCCAGCGAUUUCGCAGUCCUUUUCCAAGCUGGACAAUAGCCCUCUGCUAUCGGUUUUCGCAUACUGCAUUUCGUCUAUCAGUAUGACCGUCGUCAAUAAAUAUGUUGUUUCAGGCCAGGGGUGGAACCUCAAUUUUCUCUACCUCGCCGUCCAGGCCAUCGUUAGUACUGCGACAAUCACGGCCUGCCAGCAGGCUGGUCUCAUUAAAAAUCUGGCACCAUUUGACUCGGAUAGAGCGAAGAAGUGGUUUCCUAUCGCCGUUCUCCUCGUCGGCAUGAUUUACACUAGCACGAAAGCGCUUCAGUUCCUAUCGGUCCCUGUCUAUACGAUUUUCAAGAACCUGACCAUCAUUGUCAUUGCCUAUGGUGAAGUCCUUUGGUUUGGCGGUAGUGUGACGCCUCUCUCGCUUUUAUCUUUUGGGCUGAUGGUGCUGAGCUCUGUCGUGGCUGCCUGGGCCGAUAUCCAGAGCGCCAUCGCUGGCGACUUCACGGCCCAGGACUCUGCUACGGCAAUGUCUACCCUGAAUGCCGGAUACGCUUGGAUGGGUCUCAACGUCUUCUGCAGUGCCACAUACGUUCUCGGCAUGCGCAAGGUUAUUAAGAAGAUGAACUUCAAGGACUGGGAUACCAUGUACUACAACAACCUACUGACAAUCCCUGUCCUCCUCGUCUGUGGCCUCGUUUCCGAAGAUUGGUCCUCUGCCAACCUCGCUCUGAACUUUCCUGCCGACCAGCGCAACCGCAUCAUCGUUGGUAUGAUCUACUCCGGUCUUGCUGCCAUCUUCAUUUCAUACUGCUCGGCAUGGUGUAUUCGUGUGACGUCUUCCACAACCUAUUCCAUGGUUGGUGCUCUCAACAAGCUCCCUAUCGCCAUCAGUGGCUUGGUCUUCUUCUCUGCCCCCGUCACGGUGGGAAGUGUAUCAGCGAUCUUCAUCGGUUUCGUCAGUGGACUCGUUUACGCAUAUGCGAGAGUCAGGCAGUCAAGUGCACCCAAGGACUCACUACCGACAUCCCGUGCCGGUAUGAGCGCUAGCUCACAAAGCAACCGGGAUGCGAACAAAUGA